AUGCCGUCUCACGCUCGCGAAAGUUCCCACGAUAGGGAGCUUGUUCUUAGACAUCAAUCAGUACCCAUGUGGGACAGUUCCGACCCCGAACGCGCGCCUCCGCCAUUGCCGUUGAAUCCCGGCUACAAUAGUCCUACAACGAAGGGAAAUGUCUCCCCAGGUAUUCAAGCUGUCGCCGCAAACUUUGUAGAAAAGAUGCGUGAAAACGUUCCCAGUCCUUAUACGACAAAUCCGAUGCCACCUAAGACAUCCCCCGAGAAGUCCUUGAUCAAAGGCCAGUUCCAUAAGCGCAUGCAGUCUUUGCAGAGCACUGACACACGUUCGGAGUUUCUCAACUACCUGGAAAGCAGGUCUCCAGAAAGGCCACUAAAGGCGUCGAUUCUCGACCCGGGUUUCAAGCAGCAGGAGAAGACUCCGUCAAAGACCAGUGACGAGCCAGACACCCGGGAGUCGGAGCGCGAAUCCCCCAAUUUGCUCAUUUCUAAUCGUUACCUGUCCAAACCGAUUAUUGGCGAAAGCACGCCUCCUUCUGCCACCAUGUUGGCCCUGCAAAAUAUGCAAUUACCGAAGGAGGGCGAAGCACAGCUGAAGAAUGAUGACUCCGAUCCAUUCGUGGUGCCUAACCAUGCAAACCCUUCCAGCCUUGAGUCUCUAUCGACACAAAUCCACAGUCUCACAGAUAUUGCGAGCAAUCUCCAACGAGAGAUGGCACAACUAAGCCGUCGAAGUAAAGACAAUGCCACGGACCUCGUCAGUCUUAAAGCUGCCACCAAUGCCCGAGAUGAAGAUAUUCGGAAAAGCCUCCGCGAUCUGUCCUCAAGUCUGUCUGCAAAGUUUCUGGACCCUGAUGCUGCCACAAGGUGGGAUCUCAGUACUCUCCUGGGCCCUGAUAAAGAUAUUAACCACAGGGAAUCGGAUAGUUCUCCGAGUUCGAAGAAGAGUUAUUCAGUACCACGAAUGCAGAGCCCUAACCCGUUCGCCGCAGCAAUGGAGCGUGAGCUGUGCAGUUCUCCCGCACCCAUCUCGGAUGGCUCUGCCAGUAUUGCGCUGUUGGAGAAAGUUCUUCGAGAAAUGGCCACGAAAGAAGGCCAAGAGAAGCUCGUUGAACUGGCUGAAGAAAUCAAAUCUAGACCCAUCUCCGAUACAUCUAGCAACCAUGCAGAUAACAACAUCACACAAAUGCUUGAAGAAAUUUUGAGCGUCGUGAAAGACAACACAGAGAGCAAGGCGCUGAUACGUUCGCAACCUAGGUUCAGUGCGAGCCACAUCCCUCCAUCGACGAACCCCGACUUCACUGGCUCUCAGUCAAGGACUCUAGACCCUGAACAGUUGUUGGCGCCUGAUAUGGAAGUAACACACGGGAAUAAUGGUCAAGUAUCGGAUCCACGGUCUCUGGCUCACACGGAUAAUAAGGUUACGGAGGAUAUGCUAGCAAUCAUGAACAGGGUGAAGAGCAGCGUUAUCGAGGGAGGGGGACUCACGAAUGAGGUGAAAGCGCUGGUGCGAGAGCUCCGUGGUGAAGUGUUAGGAAUGGGGAGGAACCUGGCUCGACAAUUUGAAGAAAUGGAGAAGACUCAGGCCAUGCAAGACCAGCCGAAGAGUCCCAGCAAGGAAGAAAUCUCCGCAAUUGUUGACGGUUGCCUACACGAGCUCCAGGAGCAAUUGGCAUCAAUAAUCAGCGAGAACAGACAUAAUUCGGCUUCUCUUUCGGAGAUGCGAGCUGCGACGGACGGCUCAGUUAUCUAUUCGAUUGUCAAAGACGCCCUUGACGACAUGGACUGGUCGCAAUUACAUGCUCAGACACAAGGAACCGAAAUGCAGAAGGAGGACAUCCUGGAGACAGUCAGAGAAGCUUGGGAGACGUACAAGCCUGAGAUUGAGUUGCAGAACUUCGGACUCGAGCGUGAUGAAAUCCUAGAGUGUCUUGCGGAAGGUCUCAAAGAGUAUCAGCCGAAGCUUGAACAGGCUGUAACAUACGACCAAGUUCUUGCGGCUGUACAAGCUGGGAUGCAGAGUUUUGUGCAGCCACCCAGCAUCACAAAGGAUGAGAUCGCAGAGACUAUCCGAGAAUGCUUUGAGACCAUUCAACCAGCCCCCCGUUCCUUAGAGCCCGAACACUUGAGCAGCAUUCGAGAUGAAAUAUUGCACGCAGUUACCGAAUCAGUGACUGCCCAAAGUGUGCUUACAAGGGAAAGUCUUGACUCUGGCCUGGGUCGGGAUGAAAUUUUGGGUGCUGUGUCAGAAGGGAUAGAGGUACACUUCUCUGCGGCCAGAAAAAUGGAGAGACCCCAUGUAACAAAGGAAGACGUCACGCAUGCCAUCAAUGAAGCAUUCCUCGCCCAGCAGUCUGCUGUUAGCACUAAUGUCCAGCCUGCCAUCUCCCGCGAAGAGAUCCUGAAUGCGAUUGCAGAAGGGUUGGAGAGCCAAAACUCAAUGAUCAGGGAGAUUGAGCUUAACAAGGAUGACCUGAUGGAAGCCAUUUCGGCCGGACUGCAGGAAGCAACCACCUCUACCAAUAACAACGUUGGGGAUAUAUUGGAACGCUUUCAGGAACAGCUAGAAACAAUGAAAGAGGAAGCAAGGCAACGUUCACUGUCCGACGAACAAGAUAAUUCACCGGUUUUAGAUUCUAUUAGAAAUGGAAUCACUGUUAUACGACAGGAGAUUGAAGGGUAUGCCGCUACCGCUUCUGAAGCCACUGGGAAGCAUGAGAUAAUGGACACCGUUAAAGAAGGCUUUCGAUUGCUGCAAGCGGACAUGGAGAAGACGAUCACAGAUACUGCGCUGUCGAACGGGUCCCGUGGUAACCCAGAUACCCCAGAGCUUCUCGACGCCAUGGAAAAGGAAUUCGAGCACCUUCGAACCACUCUCAGCAGCUUGCUUAUCCGGAACAAUGUGACCACAGAAAAAGAUGAAAUUCUCGACGCCAUUCGUGAUGUCUCAGAAAGCCAGAAAGCUGGCAAGGCAGAGGAUAUUGCUGAAGUCAUCAAGCAAGAGUUUGAAGGUCUUCGGGAGUCCGUGAAUAUGAGCCUUGUUCCUGCAGAACCGAGGACUGACAAGGAGGACAUCAUCGCCGCUCUUCGUGAAAGUCUUGAGACUUUCCACAAUCAAAGUAGCCAUGUGAAAGACAGCCCUGAAAAUGUCUUUUCCACCAAUGAGCUAGUCGACGUAUUUCAAGAUGGUGUGGGUACUAUUCGACAAGACUUAGCGAAGCUCCUUGAGAGGCCAGCAGGAUCUGAUCAUUCAGAGCUCCUCGAUACUCUGAAAGAAGGGCUCAGUACCUUGAAAGCAGACGUCGAAAGCUUACGUGACUCUCACAAAAAUUCCGAAGAGGUCGAAAUGACUAGAGGGGGUGAGCUGAUGCUUGCCAAUGAGUCAAAUAUUAGCAACGAUAUUGAAGGACUUAAGUCUCUUAUUUCUCAGCUUCAAGUCAAAGUUGAGGCCAUAGAGUCAACCCCUCGCGCCACCGAACCGUCCGUAGACGCCCUGAAAAAGGAACAUCUGGACGAGGUUCUGGCAGGUCUUUACGAGCUCCAAGGGUCUGUUGCAGGAAUUGUAGCACGCGAGAACCCUGUGGAUGAAACAGCAGCCAAGAAGGAGGACACAGAUGCCAUCGAGACAUUGCUUCGAAACACGAAGUCUCAAUUGGAUGAGAUGACGUUCCCCGCUCCUGAUGAAAUAGCGAGAGCCGAGCAACUUGAAAGCUUGGAAGCCAUAGUCAAGGAGACGAAGGAGGCCAUAUUCGAGAUGUCUAUGCGAUUGGAGGCAGAAAGCCCGACAAAGUCCGAGAUUGGUACCCUCGAAACUCUCAUGAAGGACAUGUGGAUCGCACUUGAUGGAUUGAAGGGCAAGGGGACCCAAGACGAGAAUGAUACUGAGAAACUUGUCAAGGCAGACCUUCAGACUGUGGAGGCCAUGAUAUUCGAGGUCAAAACUCAGGUGGAUGAGCUCAAGCUUCCCGAUGUUGAGACAUUGCCGACGAAGACGGAUAUCCAAGAUCUCUGUGCUCUAGUAGCUGAGUUUAGAGAAAAGACCGAAGCGGAAAACGAGAUGACCGCCCAAGGCUUUGAAGCACGAAAAGUGGAGCAUGCUGGUCUGGCUGACAAAGUUGAUGAGGCUCGCAUGGUCGUUGAGGGACUUGGAGAUGAAUUAAAGAGCAAGCUAGACGGAAGUAACGAAGGGCUCUCGGAGCUGAAGGAACUUCUCGAAGGUCUGGCUGCUUCUGCGGAGAGCUUCACUACAGUUGAAAGCGUCAAUGAGCUUACAGAGCUCAUCCAUCGAGAAUUCGAACGCGCGCGUGGCGAACAGGACGCGAGCAAGUUGGAAAAGGAAGAGCGAGAUACUGCGGCUAUGGUUAAGCAUGAUGAAACCAGAGCAACUAUUGUCAACGAGCUGUGCUCCAAGAUCGACGAAAAGCUCAAUGAAGUGAUCACCAAAUACGACGAGGCCCAAACUGCCAUGGAAUCGAAAUUCUCGGAGUCCAUGGAGCGUGAUGAAGCCAGCCUUGAGGCGGUCACCAACACCAAAAGUCUUGCAGAGGACAUCAAACUUGUCAUAGGUUCGAUGGGCAGCAGUGUCAACGAAGCCUGUGAACGGGUCAGUAUCGAUAUGAAAACAUUCUUCGAGAGGGUCGACGUGUCGUACAACAAGAUGGAGGAGAUGCACAAUGAAGUUAGAACGCAACAAGAGAAAGCCCAAAUCGACCUUGAACGAGCUGCCGCGGCUACGGAUCGCGUAGAGAAUACGCUACACGAGUUCCAUCCACAGGUUUUUGAGCCUAUCCAGCAGAUCCUGUCCAUCGUUGGCGAGCAUUACGACCAAUCCCAGAGGUCCGCUCAAGACCUUAAAAUGGACCUGUCCACCUUACCCUCAACCAUCCCACAGAUGCUCCCUGCUCUUCCGCCGCCUGAGCCGGAGAAGUAUGACGACAGUCAAGUGCACGAGAAACUUAACUGUAUCCUGGAUCAUGCGAAGAACGAAAAGGUGCAUGAGGCGCUCGACAUCCUAGUGGAGCACAUUACAAAUGAUCAGGUACAUGAGAAGCUUGAUGAGCUCCUAAACCAAACUACGAGCAGCAAUGGUCAAGUCUGCGACAAGUUGAACGAACUCCUCUCUCACGCUACAAACACCAACAAACCCGUACAUGAGAAGCUGGAUACUCUCCUGGGCCACGCAACCAACACCGAACAAUCGGUAACUCAGAUGAUGAAGUUGGAUGAGAUGCACAAAGACAUCAUGGAGACGUCCCGCAAGAUGAACGAGGUGUUCGCAGCUCAAUCAGCAAUGGUCGCGGAUGAGAAUGAACGAAGACGUAAGGAAGCAGAGGACGCCGCGGUUGCACUCGAAAGGCGCAAUGGUCAAAGAGAACAGGUCGAAGCUGAGAUCAUUACUCUACGCGAGGAGAAGGACUCGCUAUUAAAGAUAAUCAGCAACCUGAAAGCUGAAAAGGAGGACCUUGCCAGGCAGAACACGGCUCUGAACAAGGAGGUUGCGGGCCUGGAAAUGGCACUUGAGCUCCGUCAGGAAGAGAUGCAAGUCAUGGAAGAUCGGGCGGACAGCCUGGAGAAACGAAUCCUGGAAGGUGUCCUCGACCAUGCUCGCAGUGUGCUUCUCAGUCGCCCCAACAACGUGUCCGGCCUGAAUAUGAAGAAGGCUCGUGGUUCGCGCGCCCGAGGGCCCAGUGCUUCUAGCAACGCCAGCACGGCCAAGGACCACCGCAGUAUUCUGGGCAGCAGUGUUGGAUUGGCCCUGAAGAAACGAGGCCAAACCCCAUCGCAGGCUAGCUCUGGUGCUCCAUCAAACGCGAGUAAAGAGAGAAGAAUCCUUAGUCUCAGUCACGUUACGGGCAACCGGGGCUUUACGGACCGGCAGGUCAGCGCCAGCAGUGGGUUUACCAGCCUGAAGCGAAGCCACUCGGUCAAAUCCAACUUUUCGCAGCGCAAAGCGUCGUGGGGUGGUAGGAGUUCGGCCGCCAACAAGGAAAAUGAAGCAUUCCCGGAGGAGGAAGAAAAUCAAAGCGGGGAGGAGAGUGACACAGGCACGGAGCGGCGAACCAGCUAUACUGGAACCUAUACAGACAGCAUGGUGUACGGAACUGGCAGCGUUGUCUCCACUGAUCGACGAGUCAGUACCGCCAGCUCCACCACAGGCAUCGGUGCUGCUAUAGAGAAUUAUGAGUCAGGAGAUCACCCCUCGGACGGAAAAGACGAUACUCAGACGACCAAAGGCGACGACCCAGCCAAUGACUCAGAUAUGGGAGAGUUAGAUGCGGAGGCAUCCAAGAUGGUACUCUACGGGCAACAUAGUGACAGUGGACUUGGUCCGGAGCUCACAAGCACGGUGGGAUAA